CAGGAUGAAGGUUAGUGCGGCCUUUCUUGUGUUUUCGUUUGUUGUCCUAUUGGCUCAACCCAGUGAUGGAUUUUUUGGUCUUAUUGGUCAUGCCAUUCAUGGCAUUUCUAGUUUGAUUCAUGGAGCAAUCCAUGGAGCAAGAAAGGAACAAGCGGACCAGAAUGAAGUGGAUCAGAUGCAGCUGGACCAGAAUGUGGAGCAGAAGCAGCUGGACCAUAAAAUGGACCAGAAGCAGCUUGAUCGGAAAAUGGAAAAGAUGCUUCUGGAUCAGCAGCAGCUCGACCAGCAGCUUGAGGAGGAGCUGGAAAAACGCUCACUGAAACACAGAGCUGCACAGCAUCGUUUUAAUUAGACAAACGACAUGAGGCUGCUCGGUUUCUGUUGGUUUUUCAAAGUAUUGAUGCGGACUAACCUUUUUUAAACUAUCUCAUUCAAAUAUCUUAAAAUCUUACUUCUAGAGCUCAAGACUGUACAUUAGUCUUCUGUUACAAAGACAAUAAACAGUUAAUUAAAUGUGUCAUUUUAUUGCUGUAAAUCUGUAACCCCGAUUCUUGAUUCUUGGACUGCCAAGCAGACCCUUUCACAUAAAGUUUAAAUA